AGAGGGAGGGUGUGUGUGAGAAAGACAGAGAGAGAGAGAUAGAGAGACACAGAGAGAGAGAGCUUAGGGAGGAGGAAGAGAGCAAAAAGAAAGGAAGGAAAAGGAGAGAAGGGGGCUAAAGAAAGACAGGAUGGCAGAGCCAGAGCUGAAAUCACGGAGCAGCCUGGAGAGUUUGAGGAAGGCAGCCGAGGGCCAGGAGAAGAUGGAGGGUAGGUACACCGCUACAGCAUAGCACACACACACACACACACACACACACACACACACACACACACACACACACACACACACACGCUGUAGCCCAGCAUAGACACCACAUGGUGCAGGGUUGCAUCAGUCACUCAUACGCUGCUGCAUGAUCUGGUGCAGCAAUGUAUGCAUGCAUUUAUGGAUGUAUAUGUAUUUGGUCAUGCACAGCUAUCAGGCUAUUACUCAGUGAGGUGGUAUGGGGGUUAGCUAGGGUUUUCUAAUGUAAUGUGAUUUCUUGCAGGGCUACUGAAAGGUUGCGAGUGGGGAUAUGUUUUGACUUGUGUGGUUAGGAGAUGUAUCUGUGUCUGAAGGGCCUAUUACAGCCUAUUACAGCAAUGUAAACACAAGAACACGCUUAUAUACCCCCACCCCAACCAUGCUGCUUGCAUCCUCCUACUUUCCCUUUAUGGCAUAGCUUAUAAAAUUCUUCCUCAUAUGUCUAUUUACAAUACAGGGGUAUGUAAAGUCCAUGUGCUACUCAACUCCUGAACUAUCAUUGAGAGGAGAGUGCCAACAAUCCCUUCUCAUGAACUCUCCCCUGUCCCCCCUUCUUCCCCAACCUGUCCCCCCUCCUGCCCCACCCUGUUCCCCCUCCUGCAGCUGAGGCGGUUCCGGACAACCCAGACAAGCCUCCUUCGCCGGACAAGCCUCCAUCCCAAUCCACCAUUACCGACUCCAACGCCGUGGCAGCCACCACCCCUACUGCCGAUUCCUCCUCCCCAGCUAAGGCAGCAGGCGGCAAGAUCGAGCUGAAGCGCAGCAUCACGCUCUUCAACGGCGUGGGCAUGAUCAUCGGCACCAUCAUCGGCUCGGGCAUCUUCAUUACGCCCACAGGGGUGGUAAAGGAGGCUGGCUCGGCCGGCCUGUCGCUGGUGGUAUGGGCUGUGUGUGGUGUGGUGUCCACCAUGGGCGCCCUGUGCUACGCCGAGCUGGGCACCACCAUCACCAAGUCGGGUGGAGACUACACCUACAUCCUGGAGGUACGUGUGUGUGGGGGUGGGGGUUGUGUGUGUGUGUGUGUGUGUGCAUGUUUGUGUGUGUGUGCUUGUCUGUGAUGUGUGCUACUGUAUCUGGAGCGGUUAAGAAAUGAGCUGAAGCCAAAUCUCUGUUGUUCGCAAAUGGAUUAAUAAAGUUGUACUGUAUUGUAUUGUAGGUGUACGGCGAGCUGGCCGCCUUCCUCAAGCUGUGGGUGGAGAUGCUGAUCAUCAGGCCGUCCUCCCAGUACGUGGUGUCGCUGGUGUUCGCCACCUACCUGCUCAAGCCCCUCUACCCAAACUGCAGUGUGCCCGACAGUGCCGCCAAGCUCAUCGCUUGCCUCUGCCUCAGUGAGUAUAACCAGCACCACCACCCGAAUCGGGUGGCCUGUACAUUGCAGAGAUAAUACUUUUUUACAUAUAGUGAACUAUAUACAAAUACUGACGCAAACUGUAACACACGUUGACCAAACAGGUCUUUCUCAGCCAGCUGCUGAAGUAAAUAUUCAUUACAGCUACAUCUUCAUUUCAGGAUUAUUGCUGCAAUACACAGCCCUCCUUUUCGUCUUAUUUUGGAAUCUCCCUGCCGUUAAGGGACCUUUUUCCCCCACUGAUCUUCUCUCACUUUUAUAUUUUUCUAAAAUAACAAAUAACAAAUGACAUCAAUAAAAUAAAAUAAAUAAAAACAUAUACAAUUAUGUUCUCCUUUGCACUUCCCUCUCUCAGCAUCAUUGACCUUUGUGAACUGCAUCAGCGUGCGGGCUGCCACCAAGGUCCAGGACUUGUUCACUGCGUCAAAGCUCCUGGCCCUGAUCAUAAUAAUCGUUUUCGGUUUCAUUCAGAUCGGUACAGGUAAGGAAAACACCCAGUUCAUGCAUAUACUGGUGUCUGUGUGGGUACAUCUGACACGCGUUUGACACACUCUCCUCCUGUCUAUAGGUUAGUGCUCGUUAAAGGUAUUUUGCCACGGCUUAGCUAGUUAUGUGUAUUAUUCUGGGUUUUCACCAACAAUGUCUUUAUAAAUUACCAAAUUGAAGCUGAAAAAGAUUUUGAUAUUAGUAUUUUAUUAUGUUCAUAGGCCUAUCUGUUAUAAAGGUACACUAUCUGCACCCACCUCAUGAAUUCAUAGAAAAAUAGCUUUGUAUGUAAAGACAACCCACCCAUCCGAGAGAUAUAAUGUGCAGCCAUCUUUUUCUUCGCACUACAUCUGGUCGUGCUGCAUGCAGGGUUGCCAUGGAAACUAGUUGGCGAGCUUGUCGUGCUGAAGUCUAGAGAGGAAGACAGGGGGAAAUAGGAAAGCACUGCCUUCUGAAACUAAGAGGGGUCUGUUUUUUCAGGUUCCUCUCUCUAGCAUCUUCUACCUCUUAUGUAGUUUCUAAAGUUGAAGAGAAAGACAGAGGGAAAAUAUCAUUCAUGAUUCUUUUUUAAACUUGGGAGUAGGAGAGACAUGACCAGAAUGUGUCAAGUAGAUUAUCUUGUUAAAAAUGGAAAUCUUGAUUAGAUUUCCAUUUUGCAGUGUUGUAACACACUUUUCAUCUUAUUGUAACAGUGCUUUUGAUGUAGGAUGACCAAGAAUAUCCACAACUCAUAAGAGUCUCAUUGUUUGCCACUAGAGAUUAUGUUAAUUUAUUCCAACAUGGACAACAAGGACCAAACGCUUCAUUGGCCUUCCUGCUUGUUCAGAGACAAGAGAGAGUGAUUAUUGUGUGUGAGAGAGAGGGAGGGAGAGAGAGAGAGAGUGAGAGAGAGAGAGAGGAAAACAUAUGUACAGUAUACAAAGCAGCUUCUCUGAGUUGAUAUAACAGAUAGACCAUGCUAUGCUCCCAAUCUAUUCCAAGUAAUGGAUGCGUUGUCAUUUACACCUGAAAAGAAGAGGUAGACAACACAGUGGAGUAGAAAACAACCUUUUUCUUUUUCACAAAAUAAAGUAAAUCCUGACAGCAUCUUCACUUUCUGAUGAAGGCCUCUAUAGUAGGCUUAACCCUCCCGUUGUCCUAGGGUCAAAAUGACCCGCCACUGUGUUGAACCAACUUUAUUUAAAACAAUUAUUUUGGGGAUCAUUUGUGAGAAGGAGGCAGUGAGACUAAAGAAAGUAUCACUGCCUCCUUCUCACAAAUGAUCCAAAAAUAUAAAAAUUAAAUAAAGUUGGUUCAACACAGUGGCGGGUCAUUUUGACCCUAGGACAACGGGAGGGUUAACACUGGACUGGAUAUUGUGUGAAUAAUUGAGUAGAUAGACGUUUCUUAUCAUCGAAAAGGUCUCCCUCCUCAUUUUGAAAUGUCAACUCCCAAACAUUAUUAUGUUCUCAGCGCAUCAAUGGCAGACAGACUAACCCAGGGUUAGGUGUUUGGAGGGUGCAGCCUGUGUCAAAGAAAAUAUAUUUUUGUUCAUUUAUUUUUCAAAAUGUCAUGUCUAUCAGUCAAACAUAGUCACACAUACACUCUUAGAAGAAAAUGUGCAAUCUGGAACCUAAAAGGGUUCUUCUGCUGUCCCCAUAGGAGAACCAUUUGAAUAACCCUUUUUGGUUCCAUGUAGAACCCUUUUGAUUCCAGGUAGAACCCUUUUGGGUUUUGGGUUCCAUGUAGAACCCUAGUUUCCACAGAGGGUCCUACCUGGAACCCAAAAGGGACAGCCGAAGAACCCUUUUGGAACACUUUUUUCUAAGAGUGUAGCAGGCGUGCAACGGCAAAAUAUAUUGGGCCAAAUCACUGCAAUAAUUGUGAUUUAAUAUGACUUCAUAUUUAAAGUUGACAUUCUUUGUGUGCGUGUGUAUCUACCAUAUUCCACGCAGCAAACAUUCAUGUAUAUGAUAUACUGUACUGUUGAUAUUCUCAGUCCCUAUUGCCAAGCAGUGAUAUCAAUGCUGCUCUCUUGUCUGUGUCUAAACAGGUGAUGUGCCAUACCUGACACCAGAACUGGCAUUUGAAGGCAGCAAAUGGGGAGUCGACAACAUUGUGUUGGCUCUAUACAGUGGACUCUUUGCUUUUGGUGGCUGGUAAGGCCUUUGCAACACCACGUAGGGCGUGUUUACACCCGGGUUGUAUUAGGUUACAACAUAGUAACAUUUUUCAAAAUGUUAUGCAAUGGAAAUCGUAAACAAGCGCUUCUUAUUGGACAAUUUUAGAUAGUUUGCUUCUGUUUUCUUCUGUUUUGUGCCCAGUGAAUAUGACCCUGGUUUUAUCAUCUGACUUUUGUUAACCAAUAAAGAUGAUCUUAUCAUAGGAUGCUUCUUAUAUACUAUGGAUAUAAUUCCAGUUGUGUAGACUAUAGAAGGUUGAUGCUAUGCUACUAAUCUGAUCUAAUAAUCUAAUCUAAUAUUAUACUUUAUAUAAUGUUGUUAUACUGUAUAACGCAUCAUGUUCUGUUUCCUCUCCUUUAGGAAUUACCUGAAUUACGUGACAGAGGAAAUGAUCAAUCCAGAGAGGUGACUUCCCACUGGGCACAGACGUCAAUUCUCAACGUCUAUUCCACGUUCAUUUAACGUAAUUUCAUUGAAAUGACGUGGAAACAACGUUGACUCAACCAGUGUGUGCUCAGUGGGUUAUGUGUUAUCAAGGUUUUAUUGAGGAUUGUACAGAGUUACCACAACAAAAUAUGUCUAUCACUAUGUGUAUGAUUCUCCUCUAACAUUCUGAUUGUGCUUAAUUGCACUCGAUUGACUGCAUGGAGGUGUUUUUCAAUGUGAUAAUGACAGAUCGUGACAUUUCAGAUAGCAAGAAAUUCACAGUACUAGUAAUCGAAUAUACAAUAUUUAUCAAAUAUCCCACUCAUAUAAUGUAAUAAUAGAAUAAUAAGUAUUGAAUACGGUUAUGAAAUUGCAUAAAAUGAAAUACAAAUACAGUACUAGAUCAAAUCCCACAGCUGACUCUGAUAACCUCAUAUUGGAUUGGCUGACACAUUAUCUGUCAUUACUGACCUUUGACCUUUAUUCCAGAAACUUGCCACUGUCCAUCAUAAUUUCCAUGCCCAUUGUGACCGUGGUGUACGUACUGACCAACCUGGCCUACUUCACCACUAUCCCCCCGAGUGUGAUGGUCGAGUCCGAGGCAGUAGCUGUGGUAAGGAUGGCUUUAUUCAAAGAUAAUGUUUGGGAGCAGGAAAACAGUGCGCUGAUAUUCCCUUUUUCAUUCAUAAUGUUCCUGUCAUUUAUUUUGCUAACAAAAAUAGCAAAAAAUAAAGAGGUUGAAUGUGAAUGGGAGUAUUGAAUGGUAGUGCUUUCCCAUUGCAGAUCUUUGGGGAGUACCAUCUUGGUGUGAUGUCCUGGCUCAUCCCAGUCUUUGUGGGCCUGUCCUGCUUCGGAGCGGUCAAUGGAAGCCUGUUCACCUCGGCACGGUCUGUAUCUGAUCAACACACAGAUAACUCGGCAUAGAGUGUGUGUAGAUCUGUGUGUGGUUGUGUGUGUUUAAUCCAGUCAUUUGAUACUUUAAUUAAAGCCUGGAGAUUGUAUCAAAAUGCUCAAUCAUGAGGGUUCACCUGUCUCUCUCAUAGGCUGUUUUAUGCUGGCGCUCGAGAGGGUCAGCUCCCUGCUGCACUGGGAUUGGUCCACACUGACCUCUUCACCCCAGUGCCCUCCCUCAUUUUCACAGUGAGUACUACCAUUGUUCUCUAAAUUGGUUUAAAAUGUAAGGCCAUCCUUGUUCAGACAGAUUUUGAGAUCCAAUUUGAGAACCCACAAUUGGGCAAGGCUAAAAUCCAAGUCAUCAACUCAAGUCAAUCUGGCACAGAUUAUUAGAUGGUAAAUACAUCCCAAAAUCUUCCAUAGCAACUGAAUAGCAGUUAUUCCCAUCGCAAUACCUAAAAAGUGUAAUGGUAAUGUUUUACAGAAAAAAUGGCUAAUUUAUAGUCAACGUACAUAUGCAACGCAAGAAUGCAAUUAGCUACCCCAAAAGUUAGACUAUAGAUUAGGUUUAAUACAUGAGCCAAACGUCUCCCUGCAGUGUUUUCUGUCCAUGCUGUAUGCGUUGUCCAAGGACAUCUUCUCGGUCAUCAACCUGUUCAGCUUCUUCACCUGGCUGUGUGUGGGCAUGGCCAUCGCCGGCCUGCUGUGGCUCCGCUGGACCAAGCCAGAGCUACGGAGACCCAUCAAGGUACAGUUACUGUAAUAAGCCCUGUUUGAAUACUCUUCAAAUGCAUCCUUCCUUCAUCCCUUCCUUGAAUUAAUCACUGAUCUGAUAUGGCUGGAUUGGUGUACACCAGAUGUCCUAUGCAUUGCUUUCACCAGUUACUGUAUGUCAUGUCAGAUCAGUGAUUACUUUAAGGAAGUGAGGAAGGAUGGAUGCAUUUUAAGAUGAUAAAACAGGGCCUAGGUCUUAGGGCCCUACUUAAAGAAACACUAUGCAGAAAUCGGACCGCCAUUUCCUGGUUGCUAAAAUACGAAUAGUUUGCUUAAUUUUAGUUUAUUUUAGUUUAUGUGACAAGGGAAUCAUUGUAGAAUCUAAACCACUGUGAAAUAUAUUUUCCAUAACAAAAAACACUGUAUUUUCAGCAGUUUGAAGCUGGUGGACAAAACUGAAAGUAAAAGACUCAAAAACAAAACUUAAGAGCGGGGAGCAUUGAAAUAGCACACAUAGAACAGAUCCACUGCUUUUUAGACUUGCUUUCAAUGAGAAUGACAGAUCUAUAACACAAAUUUCUAUGUGAUUUUAGUCGGGUCACCCUAAAAGUUACAAUUAAAAUGAGUGACCGGAGAAAGUCAAAAAUAAUGUUUUCCAUGCAAUGCGAGAUAGCACGAUCGAAGUGAUAUGAAGCCAAGUUUCUUUUAGUUCCAUCCUGUAACUGUUGGGUUUGUGUACAUUAAUCAAAUUUUUCCUGGUAGAUUUGGUUGGUGGUGCCUGUGGUGUUUGUGCUGGGCUGUGUCUUUAUGAUCGUGGUGUCCUUCUGGGCAGCUCCCUUUGAGUGCCUGAUAGGCAGCGGGAUUAUCCUCACUGGUAUCCCCGCCUAUCUCCUGGGGUACAAGUGGAAGAAGCCCCACGUUGUAAAGAAGAUCCUAGGUGAGCUGGUCAUGCGGUCCUGCGGUUUCUCUGAUAUCUGUUACUGGCAUAGUUCAAACACGGGUAGCACAACUCAUGUAUGUGGAGGCAAACUCAUAAAUCACAACUCAUGUAUCACAACUGAUAUGUCAAAUGUGUCAUUAUACAUCAAUUGCUUGAGUGUGAACUAGGUCUAUAUGUAAUGUACUAUGUUGUCAAGGUUGGAGAUACAUUGGUGACUGGUUAUUUUAUACUACCAUUAACAACCAUUUCUGUUUUUGCACAUAGCAAACAGUUUUGUGUCUAAGGUUAACAUCUAGUUAAAUCGAUUUCUAACCAAUUUACUACCUUUUUACUCAGAUAAAACCUUUCCAUCUUUAACCCCCAAAUUAAAUUAAAUAAAAAGCAAAGAGGUUUAAAGGAAGAAAAAACAUACAUAAUAAAUAUAAAUUUUAAUCGUUACACAUGUGCUUCUAAAAAUGGUGCAAACUUUUCACUAGUGCAAAUUAAAUGUGUCCUUCAGUGUUAAAGACCACCAAAAAAGGACUCAUGUGAAAUGGGUGUUUUCUUUCCUCAGAGAUCUUUACUCUGUUCUGCCAGAAGAUUUUUAUGUCUGUUCCAGAAGAGCGUGAAGAGAAGGAAUCAGCCGAAGUAGCUGAAGAAGUCGAAACAACAAAGGACGACUGAGUCAAUCUUUCAGUUGGAACAUUACAUGUUUACACUCAUUAUUGCUUUUGUGAUAGAGUUCCAUGACUCUUGGUAAAGUAGGGUUUAUGUGAAUGUAUGCUUCGGUGAACAUAUUUUGUAUUGUACAUGCAUUUUCAUACUGCGUUCAUCCCUUUGUACUCUCUCCAGCAAUUCAAUUCCAGUUUUUCCACUUUCCAGUCAUAUAGAGUACUUCAAACAUUCUCACAUUUUACCUUACCAAACCUUUUUUAUUUGUACCUAUUUUGUACUUCAGUAUUCAAAAAGACCUGAAUUAAGCUAACAAAAAGAGGAGUUAGGAAACAGACAAAAUCAUUUUGAUCAAGUUUUGGUAUGUUCCCCAGACAAUCAUCCAAAUCCAACUAUAUAUUUAACUUUUGAAUUAUAUUUUUAUUAACCCCCACUUUAACUGAAGGUAUGUCUUCAACUCAGUGUAUUUGAAGGAACUAUCUAGUGCUCACUUAAUGUGAUUGAACAAUGAGAAACCCAUGAAUUGAUUCAGGUAACUCAUACAGCACAUUCUGUAACCUUGCUUUUGGAGUGUAAUGUCCCUUUAACAUUAUUGCAAUUAUGUUAACAAUUUACAGUUUUAACAUUAUUUAUUUGUGCACUGUAUUGCUACAAGCAGUUUUACAUGUGAUGUUUGGAACACAUAGUCAUUUCCCAUUGUCAAAUUCACUUUGAAACAUUUUCAAAUUGAUUCAACAGAGCAAUAUUUGAAGCACAUUUGUGGAUUUCUAUCGUGUUGUGUUCUGAUGUGUUGCCUUAAGAUUGUUGUUACACAGGUCAGUUGCUUGUAUUGAUACUCAAUGCCCUGUUACCUCUCAGUUCCUAUGUCAAACCAUGCCUUCAUGAUAUUGUUGUAAACAUUGUUUUAUGUUAUUCGAUACAAGCAGUUGUGAAUAUGGUAUCAAACCAGUCAACCAUUUUGCUGUGUCUCAACUUUCUACCAGAUACCAUACAUUUUUACCCAUUGUGUUCGGUGAAGACAUUUGUAUCAAUGUUUUGUAUUAUUUGUACUCAUUAGAUACCAUGCCAGAAGUCUGAUGUCGACAUUCAGCCAAUAUGACUAUUUCGCUUCUGAUGUAUACUUUUGUCAUGUCAGACCAGAAUGACUGUUGUGAGCAUCAUAAGUGGAUAUUGGAGGGUCUUUUCUCUUUUGAAGGAGCGAUUACUGUAAGUGCAGAUCUAAGAUCAGAUUUCCUUACCCCAGUCCAAACCUUCUCUCAUCCCAAGCCAGACCAGUUCAAGCCAAAAAAAAAAAAAAAAAAAAAAGAAAAAAAGACCUAAAUGAAAUUCUGAAGGGCCUUUAGCACUAAAUGUUAGCACAAACAUGUACAUGUUACU